AUGAAUCGCAGAAGAGCUCAUGAUGAAGACGAUGGUUAUGAACGUCUUCAUCGCAAAAGACGUCGUGUGUCUGAGAAUCAAGAGAUUGAAGACAGAUUGGAGUCUCUCAUUUUGAGAGUCGGUGAGAAAAGUAGUUCCAGCUUAGAGAGUAACUUGGAAGGAUUGGCUAGUGUAUUGGAAGCCGACUUAAGCACUUUUCGGGUCAAAAUUUUGCGUAUUCUAACUGAUUGCGCUAUACGUAUGCCGGAGAAGUGUACUAUUUAUGCCACGUUAGUAGGUCUUUUAAAUGCUAAAAAUUAUAAUUUCGGUGGUGAGUUUGUUGACUACAUAGUAAAGACAUUCAAGGAGAAUUUGAAGAGUGGCAAGUGGAAUGGAGCGAGAUACACGCUCAGAUUCAUUGCAGAUUUAGUAAAUUGUCAUGUAUUGGCCGCCUCUUCACUUUUGACUUUAUUAGAAACAUUAGUAGACUGUGCAAAUGAGGAUGGAGUGCCACAAGUAAGGAGGGAUUGGUUCAUAUUUGCUGUUCUCUCAGCCUUACCGUGGGUUGGUAGGGAAUUAUAUGAAAAGAAGGAGUCCCAGUUAGAUAAUUUAUUGACAACAAUUGAAAUAUUCUUAAAUAAGCGUAGUAAAAAGCAUUGGCAAGCUUUGAAAGUAUGGUCUAAUGAUACUCCUCACCUUCAAGAAGAGUAUUUAGAUUGUUUAUGGGCCCAAAUUAAGAAGUUGAAGCAAGACAACUGGUCAGAGAAGCAUAUCCCACGGCCUUACCUUGCCUUUGACUCUAUAUUGUGUGAAGCUUUACAACACACACUUCCUGCUAUUCAGCCACCACCACACAAUGACAAUGAUACUUAUCCAAUGCCAAGAGUUAUAUUCCGCAUGUUUGAUUACACGGAUUGCCCUGAUGGACCAGUUCUACCUGGAGCACAUUCAAUUGAAAGAUUUCUUAUUGAAGAACACUUGCAUAAUAUUAUUGAAGCAUAUCACUUGGAACGCAAGGAAUGUGCUGCACAACUAUUGUGUUUCCCCUACAAAGCAAAGAUACCUUUAGAAUAUUGUAUUGUAGAAGUCAUAUUUGCGGAGUUAUUCAACUUACCCAGGCCCAGAUACUUGGAGAUAUGCUAUGGUUCAAUAUUGAUUGAGUUAUGUAAGCUCCAACCUUCGACAAUGCCACAAGUGCUUGCCCAAGCAACAGAAAUAUUAUUUUUGAGGAUUGAUACUUUUAAUAUUGCUUGUUUUGAUAGGUUUGUUAACUGGUUUGCUUACCAUCUCAGCAACUUCCAGUACCGUUGGUCAUGGGAAGACUGGGAAGCAUGUGUCCAGUUAGAUCCUGAACACCCCAAGCCACGGUUUGUCAGAGAGGUUCUUGGAAAAUGCCUUAGAUUGUCAUAUCAAACGAGAAUAAAAGACAUGGUGCCUGAAUCGUUUGCAGCUUUUGUGCCAUUAAAACCAGAACCCAUAUACAAGUACUCUAUGGAAGGAGCAGGUAAGAAUAAAAUACUUUAG